AUGGUACGUGGCGGACUCCGAUACGGAGGAUGUGGCAGAAGCUAUCAGGGAGGACAACGAGGACAAUAUGGAUAUAGCCACAGGGAAUGCUUUGUGCCCGGCCAUACCGUUCACAGCUAUGGAGCUCAGAAAAUAUAG